AUGGCUCCUAGGCCCAUCCUUGAAAUCAGCCUAGGCUUGGCGAGAGAUGUGCUUAAUCUCCAUAAUCGCUAUGAAGAUCCCAAGCCUUCUUUUAAAGCAUCUGAAUUCUGCAAAGCUACUCAUGAAUUGGAUAUGAUGGUUGCUGAUUACAAGGAGACCAAGACUACUGCUGAUAAAUUGCAAAGGCACAUUGAAGAACUUCAGAAGCAGCUGGCUAGCUUGAGGGGCAAGCAAACCAGGCUUGAGGUUGGACUGAGCAGUAAGACCAAGAUGACCUUCCUCGUGCAGAAUAUAGUGUUAGCUUCCAAGCCAGCAUUGGAGAUUGCAGAAGCCUCAAUCCACCCGGGGGUGCUACUCCAAAAGGAACUUUUGAUCAAGAAGACCAGUUUGCAAGAAACCCUUAGGAAAUUAGGGUUUUAA